AUGCGGUCUCACACGCUACUUCUACAUUCCCUGGUGAGCCUAGGACUAUCCGAAGCCUCGCAACUGAAAACCAGAGGCUGGAAGUUCUCGGGUUCCUGCGACCAAGGCAAACAGGAUGUAAUUAAGACUGAGCUCAAACAUGCAAAAGAGCUCGUCGACACUGCCGCCGCAAACGUCAAAGACGGCGUCUAUUAUGACACAUUCUUCGCUCAAAGCCUCCGGGACGACCCGAACUUCUCAACCAAGGUCAGCAAUGUGUUCUCCAAGGUAUCCAAGAUGCUGGACGACGCGAAUCAUGACUACGAUUUCGAGAUCACAUGCGACAACAAUACCGAUAUGUGCAAGGCGAAAUACUAUGCGCACAUGGGCGACAGUAAGAAGCGCAUGAACUUCUGCGAUGUCUUCUUCAGCCCAAGCGGUGGAAUCAAGCCCACCCAGGAAAGAUUGGAUAAGUGUGGCGAAAUUACACUGAAGGAAGCACAGUGGUCGCGUAGCUCUAUACUCGUCCAUGAAUGUACCCACACUGGCUUUGCUAUGGAUCCUGAAAAACGUACUCUCGACUAUGCAUACGGAUUCAGCGCGAACUACUUGCUACCGCUUGGUAAAUGGAACAGGGACUGUGCCCCGUACAAGAAGGCAGGAAAGGUCUUAUGUCCUGAUCCAAACGACCCCAAGAAGGAAGGCAUAUGCGACGCAGAAAAGUCGGCUGAAAAUGCAGACACUUACUCCUUCGUUGCCGCUGGAGUCGGCUUCUCCAAGCUGUGCAAACGCGCCAUCCCUCUGCCGCCCGCACCCUCCGCAAAACGCGCCCUGUCCAGGCGUGCUGAGUGCCCUGCGGACGACGCCAUCCCCUUCGAUGAUGGCGCCGAUGAGGACUUCAACGGGAGCGGACCGGUUGGCAAAUGUGGUCUGGACAUUGAAGAGCUCUGGACGUGCGAGCCUGAUACGAAUAACCUCUAUGGACGCAUGACUAUUACUGCGCCGGACGGAAACGUCUUAUAUGAAACUGGUGGCUCGACCAGAAGCCCUGGUGUGCCCAUAGGAGACCAGCAAAGGCCGACGAUCCAGGAAGAAGGCAUGAGCAAAGGACUGCAAGUAAUUGCAGAGCAUGAGAACGAUUACAUCCAGUUCUACUAUGGUGAUGUGGCGUGGACUAGUGGGACGACGGAGGGUGAAGCUACAUGCAAGCUCGUAGGUGACAACUGGGAUACUGAAAGUCCUGUGCAGUGUGAUCAGGGAGCGCGGAGCAGGAGGUUUCAGUGUCAGUACCCGUGUUAG